GUCUUUCUAUAUAUUCCUUUCUCCCAGAUAUUUAGUUGUUGUUUCUUAUAACUGUUUGAUACAUCCUAACAACAUGUGCAUCGCAUUAAUCUCCACAGCUCACCCCUCCUAUCCUCUGAUCGUUAUCGAUAACAGGGAUGAAUUCCUCCGUCGUCCAACAUCCCCCGCCGACUGGUGGCCGGAACCUAGCACCAACGUGCUUGGAGGCAGAGAUCUGGCUCGAGCCACACAUGGGACAUGGAUGGGUGGGGUACACAGUCGAGGCCUGAUUGUCAACAACUGGCUUACAGCGGACCCUGAGCAAAGGCAAUCCACCAGGGAUUUCGUACAGGGAAUGGUAGCAUCGUCCGAGAUCAAAAAUGUCGGCGGAUUCAGCCUGGUUUGUGGUUAUGUCAAUGAGCCGCUAGCCAUCGUAUCGAACCGGUCAGCAAAUAUGGACGAGAUCGCUUGGGUUGCCACAGAAAAGGGUCAGACAUUGGGACUCAGCAACACGACGUUCGGUGAUCGCUCCUGGCCAAAGAUCCUCGACGGGGAAAAGCUCAUGAAAGAGGCCAUCGAUGCUCAUGUGCAAGCGGGUGAAGACGAAGAUCAACUCAUCAACCGACUAUUUCAAGUCCUGAGCAGGGAUACUCUCCCCAGGCUCUCGGGAGACGCCACUCUGGAAACCUACCUCCUCCUGCUGCGACAAAGUAUCUUCGUCCCAGUGAUUGGAGCACGGUCAGAGAAGCCUAGGGCAGCCGACGAGGUUGCUGCAGCUCGCGAUACGGACAGAGUUCCAGUCGAAAGUCAACCGCCGCAUGAUUCGCUGGACAAGUCAUUCUUGCAGGGCGCAUACGGAACUCAAAAACAGACCGUGGUGCUCGUAAGUGCGAAUGGAAGAGUGAGAUAUUUCGAGCGUACACUCUAUGAUAACGAUGUAAAUGCAAUUCCCAUCGGCAAAGGCGAUAGGUCGUUUGAGUUCCACGUCAGGCGAUAAUGGAAUAGCAUGUUCAUAGUGUCAAACUUCUUUCCCCAAAAACAUCCUACCUCUUCAAUGGAUCGUACCAGUUGUAUCAAAUGCUGGCAGAAGGGGCACUUUCACCUGCCUGACUGUCAUAGGUAGCUCGCCAGAGUUGUGUUCAAUCAGAGACGGUUACCAGGCCAUUUACUCCUUGUGCUUUCCCAUCUCACGGUAUAAGCUACUCUUGUACUGUCUUCAGACAGCCACAAACUGAUCAGUAAUAAUAAGGUAACCCCCUAUUUUCCUGCUCGAGACUCCAGUGCAUGCUCAUUUCCAGAGAGCUCAUUAAACGUGCAAUCUAAAAGCCGUUAGUUCCCUG